UUUCUUCAUCUCGGGUUAUCGUGUGUGAUGAUAUUUUUUUGUUGAAUAAUUCGUGUUUCUAUUGUAAUUAAGAGUUGUGACAAUCAACUAUUAAACAUACAAUAAUGGGCGAUAGUAACGAAACUCAAGCUCUUCUAAGAGAUAGUGUUAUAGAUGAGGAAGAGAAUGUUAGUACAAUUUCGCCGAUCGGGCCUGACGAGGUGCCGCCGCCGUACGAGCAAGCUGGACAACCGAUGGUUACCUGUCGAGUAUGCCAGGCUAUGAUAGACAUAUCGGGGAAAAGAGAGCAGCACGUUGUAAAAUGCUCUGAAUGUAAUGAAGCCACACCCAUUAGAAAUGCACCUCCUGGCAAGAAAUAUGUGCGAUGCCCGUGCAACUGCUUGCUCAUUUGCAAGUCAUCGUCGCAGCGUAUUGCCUGUCCGAGAGCUGACUGCAAGAGGAUUAUCAAUCUUGCCCCAUCCCCUGUGACUCCGCCUGUUCCGACGUUACCUGGCAUGUGCAGAGUUGUGUGUAUACACUGUCAGGACACAUUUUUGUAUCAGCUGAUGAAGAACUCUCCCGUGCGGUGCCCGCACUGCCGCAAGGUGUCGUCCGUGGGGCCGCGCAUGGCCCGCGCCAAGGGUAUCAAGUUCGCGCUGCUGUCCCUGAUCUUCUUCGCCAUCGCGCUCGGUGUGACCCUGGGCACGCUCUCCGCCGCCAAAACCCACGGCGGUGGUAUCUACGUGGCCUACGUGGGGGCUUUCCUCCUCGCCUUCAUAUUAGCGGGCCGAGCCAUCUACUUCUUCGCGAUGAAAGUUAGCGUUAUCGAGGGCCCCAUGUAAUCGUGAUCGGGUUGCAUUAUAGAUUUAAUCGUAUAGGCUCGGUGGAGCGGUCGCAUUGCGUCGUCGCGUCGCUGUAAACCGACAUUUUAUGUUUUUGGUAUGCCACAUCGAUGCAUUGCGUCGAAGGUGUUUUAACGAAACGGCGGACAAAAUAUAGAAUAGAAGUUUAAAAUGCACUGCGCUGUCGAUACCUUGUGUUGUCACUUGUCGCCCCAACGCAGCUAUGUGGCAAACAAAUUAUCCCUUUUGAAGACGCGACGCAACGGAGUAGUGUGGCUUCGCCCUAACUAUAAAUUAAGUUAGUCACGUAGUCCGCUCGUCUAAGCUUGACCGUUUCAACCGUGACUUAUGAAAUUGACGCAUUCCGUAGCAGAUUGGUACGCGGCGAUAAUUCGCUCCAAAUCGAAUGGAACUAAAUACUGACUGGUGACAUUAUAACGUCCUCAGUUUCUGAAUCACACAACUCGUUGCUGAGGCCCACUAGCACAGUCUGGACUCUGGAUUAAUGCUGUUUGUCAAAAUAUGCUUUUUCCACGAUUAGCUUAAGUUAAGACUGGUGCAAGUUGGCCUAAGGCUCUUGUCACACAGCCGUUUCUAUUAACAAUCUAUUAUGCUAUGUGCUGCUAGUAAAAUAUAAUGUUGUGUGAUUCUUCAGGUAAUAUUUAGGUUUACUGUAUGUGAUAACGACGAUGGGAGUAUUGUGUAACGAUCGGGGUGCCUUCUAUGCGUUUGAAAAAAAAAUAAAGGUUUCUAGAAGGUGAUAUACGUUUCUACGUCUAGAUUCUAGAAUUUGCGACGUGACUAAUGACUAUUAUUAUAAUAAU